AUGAGAAUUUUCAUAAUUAUUAGUAAUAUUGGAUUAAUAAUUCUUGAAAUAAUUAAUAUUAUUUUAACUAUUGUAAGUAGUUUCUAUCACUUUAACUUCUUUGGAGUUGCAUUAUUCUAUUAUCCAUUAUAUUUUACAUGUACUGUCCUCAGCAUACAUAUAGUUUUUAUAUUAUUACUACUUACAAAAAAUUAUUUGUUAAGAGUAAAACAACUUCAUAGAAUCAAUACUCCUCAUCUUGCAUAUUAUUGUUGUACAUUUCUUGUUACUUCUUUUUCAUUUAUUUUGUUCAAAACUCUUUUUGGAACAGUAUGGAAACAAAUAUCUAUAGUUGUUGUCAAUAUCCAUUAUAUUCUUAUUGAUAUAUGUGUUGUUAGAAUCAUUUGUGUUGUUAUAUGUUAUCUCAUAUCAACACAUAUCAAUAUAAAUCAACUACUACCCCAACUUACUAACAACAUUAGGUGUGAAUUAGUUGUUAAUUUUUUAUUACAUAAUAACGCUCCUAACCCUGUUGAAGAACAUUAUUUAAUGAAUAAAAAAAUAGUGUGGAGAGAUAUCAUCAAUAGAAUGAUUCUUGACAAAGAAAGUUUAUUAGCAAAAAAUCAAAUCGAUGAAAGAGAGACUGAACAAAAAAGUAAACAGCUGUUUGAUAAUCUCCAUCAAUUGCAAACAUGUAUAAUCAAUGGGUAUGAAACAAAAAAUGAGUCUUUUCAAACUGAAAGAGUUCCAUUGUCUAGAGUAAAUGAAACUAUUAUGUCUUCUGACCAAAUUCUCUUUUCAGAAAUUGACCAUCACCAAAUAAAAAAAUCAAUUAUAAAGAGAUGUUUUUAUGAAGAAGAAACUAAUAAGUGGUUUGAUGAAAUGUUUAAAAAAGAUAUUAUAGAAAUAGAGGAUUGUAUUUCAGCAAUUCGAUUAGUUGAUAAAAAAAAAGAUUUAUUAAAGAGAAAAGUUCGUGAUAAAGAAACAAUCUCAAUAGCGCUUUCUCGUAUUAUUGAUGUCUUUGGAAUCCUUUUAAUUCUUAUAGUUAUUUGUUUAAUUAAUGGAGUUCCAAUUUCAUCAUAUUUAUUACCUUCCUGUACUUUCUUUCUUGGCUUUUCGUUCAUAUUUGGAAAUUAUAUGAAAAGAGUUUGGGAAAGUCUUGUUCUUGUUAUUUUCAUUCGACCAUUCGAUAUCGGUGACAGAAUUCAAGUAACUGGUUUUCCGGCAGUCAUUAUUGAUGAAGUUCAACUACUAAGUACUGUUGCUCAUAACCCAAAUGGAGAACAAUACAUUCUCCCUAAUGACUUUUUAUACAAUAGUGUUAUCACACAACUUAAACGUUCACCAUUUUAUACAAUUGAAUUAUACAUCAAUGUUGACAUAACUAUUGACUUUAAAACUAUUGAAGAAAUUCGAGUUUCAUUAGAACAAUUUGUUAAAACAGAUACAACGUUUAAGUGGAAUACAGAUAUAAUAUUUUCUCCAGUUGAUGUGACUCUUGAACAUAAAAUUAAUUUCUUACUAUGGAUUGAAGUAAAUAACAUCACUUAUAACGACCCAGGAAAGUAUCUUAAAGCUAAAAAAAUGAUUAUUGAAUUACUUACAAAUGAGUUAGUUAAAAGAAAUGUUAUAUUCACAUUACCAAAACAACGUUUAAUUGUUGACUUAAAAACUGAAAAGUAA